CAGUUAGGAGGGUUGUCGCACAACCCGACACCACCACUUCGCGGUCCUCGGGAAUGGCGAAACCCCAGUGGCCAGAUAAAGCCGAGCCAGCGACGCUACCUUCUCAAACAAGAAUCACCGCCUUGCUAAAAUAAGCACAACUUGGUUUUGAACUCGGCCAUUAUGCUCACCUGGGAUUCCAAGGAUCUAUAAAGGGUUUACUAUACUGAGCUUCCAGGCUGCGCAAAGACGUCGUGUUGCCGGAUCUGGGCAGUUGCCCUUAACAAUAGGGCCUUGCAUACUUAGCUCUCUCCUAUUUGGCCAUAGGCUUCGUGAUGGCUUCGCUACAGCGACGAAAAAGCCUUGGAGAUGGGGAGAUUGGGUUUGGUGUAAUAGGGUUGACGGCAUUACGCUUCUUGAAAUCCGGAUAUCGCAAUAGUGGACGUAGAACCAGGUCGAGCUCUAUAUUAUAAUCUCUACAAACCCCAUACGAAUAUGUUAUGCUAGGAUCUGCAUUGGUGUUGAAACAUGAACUUUAGCCAUCAUGUUCUCUAGGAUUCUCAUUGUGGCUCUUUCCAUCAUCAAGCUGGUUUCGGCAAUCCCGGCUUCCCCGAUAUCCCUCGAAAAACGAUUACCGGGCCGUGUCGUUAAAGCCGCCGAUCCGGUAGUGAUCGAUGCCAAUUCCGAAUAUGUCAGAGUUAGCUUCAUGAAUGAUGGUAGCCUAAUCGGCGGUUAUGUAGCCACGGACGGCAACGAACAUGUUCUGCGCUUGGUAAGAUCGACCAACGGCGCCCAGUCGUGGGAUUACCUUGGCGAGGUAUUCCGAGGUGAGGUUGCGACUCACGAUAUCAACAACGCGAUGCCACUUCAGUUACCCAACGGUCGUAUAUUGUACGCAUAUCGGAACCACGAUCGCACCGGUAGCGAUUGGCACUACACUUACUUCCGUAUCUCGAUCUCGUACUCGGAUGACGGCGGCAAGACAUUCGAGUACCUGUCCACUGUCGAGGAGCAUGUCCCGUCCGGCGUCAACGGCCUUUGGGAGCCUUUCCUACGUAUCGCGAGAGAUGGGUCUCUCCAGUGUUAUUACUCUGCCGAGAAUAGUGCCGGUGACCAGGACAACUUUAUGAAGUACUCUACUGAUGGUGGCUCAACUUGGUCAAAUUGGAUUGCUGUCUCAGGGGGUGACAGGAAUUCUCGAGAUGGCAUGGUUGGUGUUGCCCCUAUUGACAACAACGGAAAUCUCAUCGCUGUGUUCGAAAACACCGAGGAUGGUCCUUUCUCGGUAAACUACGUGCUCUCACACGACGAUGGGCUAUCCUGGGGCCAGCGCAACCGGCUCUACACGGCGCGGAAUGGCAAGCUGGCCGGGGCUCCACAAGUGUAUAACGUGUGGGGAACUCUAGUAGCAAGCUUCAUGACGAACGAGGACGUAGACGGAACUAGCGGAUACGACGGCGCCCAGAUGAAAGUCAUCACGAGCGUCGACGGUGGGAGCACCUGGUCUGCAAGUGUGGUAACCGGCGAGGCGGCAUCUCAUUGGCCAGGCGUGUUUAAUCGCGACGCCACACACUUUCUGGCCUUGUACUCAAAGGAUGGGCUUGGGGCUGUGAGUCAAUUGUAUGAAUUGCAGAAUUAGGGGUUCGGGGUUGUUCAUGGGAAUCUUGUCCUUAGUGCAUGGCAGUUAUCUUCGUAUGUAUAUACUUCACUUGUGUUGACCUCCUUAAAAUUAUUCAUUUGCCUACCUAUGGAUAAUAUUCAUGUAAGAUACCUACCUACGUAGGUAGGUAAGAUGCUUAUAUUAUUGUUAUCACAUGAAAAAUGUGGAUUUAUACCCUCUACUUAUCCCCUAAACUACUAUCCCC